CUGACCCAACUUCUCUCCCAAGUUCAAAUCAUGACCGAGUCCUGGAGAAUUUUCACACGCGCACUCCCUCCCGACUGAAUACAUAAUCUACGACUUAAUUCAGCCUAUCGGUCUCCCUACUCAAACCACAGCUUAUAUAAUCACUUGUUUAGCUCUUCUUAUUACAAUCUCCAAUUUCUUCUCAUCAAACCCAACCUUCCUUCCAAGUUCGAAUCAUGGCUUUCUACAACUUCAAAAUCAAACACCUCCAAUUUCCAAAGCUCCUAAUCCUCUUUUAUCUCUUAUUAAUGUUCACCAGUUUGUUCUCACCACUACGCCCAUUUACAAGUGCUUUAUCCUUCAACUUCACCGCUUUCGAUUCUGAUUUUUGUAAUGGUAACUCCCACCUAACAUGUGACAGAGCUGUCAUUUACAACCAAACCAUCCAACUCACCAGCAGUUCAGACACGAAUGCAGUAGCUCGAGCCACGUAUUUCCGUCCUAUGCACCUGUGGGACAAGGCAUCCGGAAACCUCACAGAUUUCACCACCAAUUUUUCGUUUGUAAUUGAUUCUGCAAAUAGAACAUAUUAUGGAGAUGGGCUUACGUUCUUCCUAGCACCUAAUGGUUCAACAAUUCCUAGUGCCACAUAUGGUAGCGCUUUGGGUCUCACGAGAGACGGAGAGAUAUUUAACUCGACGAACAACCCUUUUGUCGCAGUGGAGUUUGACAUCUAUCCAAACAUUGGUGAACGGGAAUGGGAUCCGCCCGACGGCACCGAACAUGUAGGUAUUGAUAUAAACUCCAUCAAAUCUGUUGCUAAUGUCUCAUGGUUGGGGGCUAAAAUUUCUAUUACGGAAGGGAGAAUUAAUAAAGCUCGGAUUAAUUAUAAUUCUACUUCUCAUAAUUUGAGUGUUCUCUUCACUGGUCUCGUAAACAAUGCUAUUGUAUGGCAAUCCCUUUCUUAUAAUAUCGAUUUUAGAAAUCAUAACCUACCCGAAAUGGUAACUUUUGGAUUCUCAGCCGGAAUAGCAGGUUUAAGUACAAUGCAUAGCAUUCACACAUGGAAUUUUAGUUCAACUUUGGAAGAUAUUGUAACCAAACCAAGGAAAAACAACAGGUUGGGAUUAGCCAUUGGGUUGGGUGUUGGCGGGUCUUUUUUAGUUGGUGGGUUUGCUUUAAUUCUGUUUUGCUUGUGGAAGAGGAAAAAUAGUUAUACAGUAGAGGAUCUUGCCUUUGACAGGUGCAUGGAUGAAGAAUUUGAAAGGGGAACAGGAUCGAAGAGGUUCUCAUUUAAAGAAUUGGCUCGUGCCACGAAUAAUUUCAAUGAUGAAGAGAAGCUGGGUCAGGGUGGAUUUGGUGGGGUUUAUAAAGGAUUUUUACUAGACUCAAACUCCUUCGUUGCUGUUAAGAGGGUGUCAAAACAGUCUAAACAAGGGAUAAAAGAGUAUGCAUCAGAAGUUAAAAUCAUUAGUCGAUUGAGACACAGGAAUUUGGUGCAACUCAUUGGCUGGUGCCAUGAAAGAGGAGAACUCUUACUCAUCUAUGAGUUCAUGCCCAAUGGAAGCCUAGAUUCACAUCUUUUUACAGAAGAAAGCUUAUUGAUAUGGGAAACGAGGUACAAAGUUGCUCAAGGAUUGGCGUUAGCGUUAGUUUACUUGCACGAGGAGUGGGAACAAUGCGUGGUACACAGGGAUAUAAAAUCGAGCAACAUUAUGCUUGAUUCAAACUUUAAUGCUAAGCUUGGAGAUUUUGGGCUAGCUAGGCUUGUGGACCAUGUGAAAGGGUCACAAACCACUGUUUUGGCAGGCACCAUGGGCUACAUGGCUCCUGAAUGUGUCACAACCGGUAAUGCUAGCAAGGAGUCAGAUGUCUAUAGUUUUGGAAUUGUCGCUUUGGAGAUUGCUUGUGGAAGAAAACCAAUCAAGAUCAAUGCCCCUCAAGAUCAAGUAGUCUUGGUGGAGUGGGUUUGGAAGCUCUAUGGAAUAGGAAAGGUACUUGAUGCAGCUGACCCGAGGCUGAAUGGAGAUUUUGAUGAGCAGCAAAUGGAGCGCUUGAUGAUUGUUGGGCUUUGGUGCGCUCACCCUGAUCGAAACCUUAGGCCUUCAAUAAGGGAAACAAUUCAUGUUCUCAAUUUUGAGACUCCAUUGCCUAUUCUCCCAUCAGAUAUGCCGGGGCCAACACAUCUUGCUCCAGCAGUGAAUAGACAAGCAAUGUCACUUUCUAUUUCCAGUGCUUUUAGUACCAAUGAGGGAGGACGGAAUCAACAUUCAAGCAAUAGUCACACCAAUUCUUCAUUGUCUAUGUCAUACGAUGUAGCUCCUCCAUCUGCAUCGCUUUUGCAUACGUGCUAAAUUGGUAAGAGGUACACUUAACUUGAGAUUCUUAUUGUUUGAUUUGGUGUUCAAUUUUUUUCCUACGUUAUCACCUUUUUGUUUUUCAUUUUGCAUUUUUGUUUAAGCAACGCUCAAAAUGUUUUAGAGUGUAAAUGAUAUACAUGUUAAUGUGUUUUCUACCUUAAAUAUAAAUUUCGUACAUUACAUAUAUAGACAACAUAAGAGUCCCAAAUUGUAAACCUUAUGAUGGAUUGAACAUCAUAAUCAUAACAAUUUCAUAUGCUACAUAUAACAGCCAGCCAAUGGUAAGUUGAUUGGAUCAGUUCCUCAUUGAAAUUGUAAAUUU